AUGCAUUCCCCGAAGAGUCCAUCCCCCGAAAGGUCCAUUCCCCGAAAAGUCUUCCCCGAAAAUUCCUUCCCCGAAACUGCAUUCCCCGAAAAGCCCCGCUCCCUGGGAGGGCAGCCGACCAAACUGCGCAAGAUUUGUCAGAAAGUCAUCAUGCCCAGAUCGCAGCGACGAUCCUGCUACAAACGAGGCUAUCACAAGAUCGAUCCUGACAUCGAGUACGAAGUAAGUCGUUUAUAAAAUGUAUUUCGAUACCCCAACAGUACUUUGUCAUGCACUUCAUCGUGUUUUUUGCCAUGUUUAAAGUUAUUUUUAAUAGCUUUUUAUUAUUAUAAUAUGCAUAAUAUACGUUGCCUAAACAUCACUGUUUUGCCUUUUGUGAUCUCUGAGUCUCUUUCUUGAGGCAAGAAUAUUAAAACCCUUGAAAAAUGAAACAAUACCUACAAGUUUCAUUUAGCUCUCGACAGAAAGAACCAAGAAUGUUCCGCCAGAUAGACAGAUAUUAAUUAAAAUGGACACCAAUGACUACUCGGAAAGUAACCGAACUGUAAACGAGAUUCAGCAGAUGAAUUUGGCCUUCGAAGAGAAACUUACAGUAAUCCGACACACUCUCGACGAGCUAGAAUAA